UGCGUACCUCCCCCCACCCCCAGCAACCGGCCUGGCGGCGCGGCCCUAAACUAAGGAGGCGGAGCUGAGACGGGGUCGGGACUGCUUGCUAACUCCAGGACCAGGUUUAAAUUUUUGAAAUUUUUGACAUUGAAGUAGGUCUACACAUUAGGAACUCAUGUCUUUUCUUGUAAGUAAACCAGAGCGAAUUAGGCGGUGGGUCUCGGAGAAGUUCAUUGUUGAGGGCUUAAGAGAUUUGGAGCUAUUUGGAGAGCAGCCUCCGGGUGACGCUCGGAGAAAAACCAAUGAGGCGAGCUCAGAGUCGAUAGCAUCCCUCUCUAAACAGGAGAUCAUGAGUAGCUUCCUGCCAGAGGGAGGGCGCUAUGAGCUACUCACCGUCAUAGGCAAAGGAUUUGAGGACCUGAUGACAGUGAAUCUAGCAAGGUACAAACCAACAGGGGAGUAUGUGACAGUACGGAGGAUUAACCUGGAAGCUUGUUCCAAUGAGAUGGUGACGUUCUUGCAGGGGGAGCUUCAUGUCUCUAAACUCUUCAGCCAUCCCAAUAUCCUGCCAUAUCGAGCCACCUUUAUUGCAGACAAUGAGCUGUGGGUUGUCACAUCAUUCAUGGCAUAUGGUUCUGCAAAGGAUCUCAUCUGCACGCACUUCAUGGAUGGCAUGAAUGAACUGGCGAUUGCUUACAUCCUGCAGGGGGUGCUCAAGGCCCUGGACUAUAUCCACCACAUGGGAUACGUACACAGGAGUGUCAAAGCCAGCCACAUUCUGAUCUCCUCCGAUGGGAAGGUCUACCUGUCUGGUUUACGCAGCAACCUCAGCAUGAUCAGCCAUGGGCAACGGCAGCGUGUGGUCCACGACUUUCCCAAGUACAGUGUCAAGGUUCUGCCGUGGCUCAGCCCGGAGGUCCUCCAGCAGAAUCUUCAGGGUUACGAUGCCAAGUCUGACAUCUACAGUGUGGGAAUCACAGCCUGUGAGCUGGCCAAUGGCCAUGUCCCCUUUAAGGAUAUGCCCGCCACCCAGAUGCUGCUGGAGAAGCUGAAUGGCACAGUGCCCUGCCUGCUGGACACUAGCACCAUCCCCGCUGAGGAGCUGACCAUGAGCACUUCACGCUCAGCAGCCAACUCUGGCCUGAGUGACAGCCUGGCCACAAGCACCCCCAGGACCUCCAAUGGCGACUCGCCAUCCCACCCCUAUCACCGCACCUUUUCCCCUCACUUCCACCACUUUGUGGAGCAGUGCCUUCAACGCAACCCUGACGUAAGACCAAGUGCCAGCACCCUCCUGAACCAUUCUUUCUUCAAGCAGAUCAAGCGACGCGCCUCAGAGGCUUUGCCUGAGUUACUACGCCCUGUCACCCCCAUCACCAAUUUUGAGGGCAGCCAGCCUCAGGACCACAGCGGAAUCUUUGGCCUGGUAACGAACCUGGAAGAGCUAGAGGUGGACGACUGGGAGUUCUGAGCCUCUGAAGAAUGCGCACGUUCUCCAUCCCAGGACACGUGAGCCCCGGCGGGGGCCCUUCUCGAGGGCUGGCCACAUUCCCACUCUCCUGAGUGCAGACUGGGUAGAAAAGACAUUUCUGCCAGGUUGGUUGGCCACUUACUCACUGGGAAAGAAAUUCCUGGAGAGAAACCUUCAUUACUGCUCCAGGACUUCUGAGACAAGGGAAUCCUGGCAGCCAGUGAUCAGAGGCCGGGAAGCUGACAUUCCAUCCUGGGAGCUCAGGCGACCUCUUCAGAAGGAAGAGAUGCUGUUCUGGCCCUGGAGGGCUGAAGGCCAAGCCCAGGGUUUGACUCCUUGACCCAGAAGACUGUGUGACUUCCUCUUCUCACUCUUGUCCUACUAGCCUGUUCCAUCCUCUUCCUCUGCUCUCAGAUCCUGUAGGUCCAUGGAGGGGCAAGCAAUAAGCAACCUGCCCCCCACCCUAGCCCCCAGACUUCUCCCUAAUAAUUGAAGGGAAGAGCAUUUUUUUCUUGUUAAGCACCAGGUUAAGCCUGGGGCAGUCCCUCCUCACCUGCUCAUUGCUUGGGCGGAAACACCUUCCCAUAGUUCAUCUGUGUGGCUCAUCUCUUUCCCACCAAGAGCCCGUCUUACUGCCUCCUGUCCGCACCUGGAGGCUUCCUCCAAGGCCACAAGGUCUUGCCUAGCCUGAGGACUUAAGUCCUUGUGCAGCUUUAGUUUCAUCGCCAGAACAAAUUAAAAUUUUUGAAGAAUCCA